AUGAAUUUCAAUUUAUUAAUUAUUUGGUUCCAGGACCGCGAUGAACAAACUAAACUGGAGAUGAAACACCGACAAGAGGAAGAUGACUUAUACAGGAAAUUCUCCAAACAUCGUGAAGAAGAAAAUCGAAGAAUACGCGAUGAAAUUCAGGAUGAAUGGGAACGUGAACUAGAACGACUCACAUCGAGGUUCCAACAAGAAAUGCAGGUGAAGAAGCGAAGACCUGACUCGGAAAUCGGUGCCCUCACCCUUCGUCACCAACAGGAGAGAGCCGAUCUAGAGAAGAACAUGACAUUAAGAAGGGAUAAGAAAAAAGAGAGCCUUACGAGGAAGAUGCUAGAACAUGAAAGAGCUGCAACAGCAGCGCUCGUGGAGAAGCAAAGCCACGAGAUGAUGGAACUUAUCCAGGAGCGGCGCUCAGAGUACAUGGCGGCGUCAUCCCUAUACCUGGACGGCGAGGAGGCGCCACCAUACCCCGCUCGCGCACCGGCCCCUCAGCCCCCCCUUGUCUCUAAAUUUCACAUAUACACUGACCCUGCAGAGUUCGCGGACGUCGACAAGAUCGCGAUAUCGGUGGCACAAGAAGACCAAAAAACGUUUACAGACCUGGUCCGACAGCUAGUAGGCAGGUGCGCGACCGACGUGGAGAAGGCGAGAACGAUCUUCCGCUGGAUCACGGUUAAGAACCUAAACAACAUACAGUUUGACGACAACCUAAGAGGCGACUCGCCACUCGGUCUACUCCGAGGCAUCAAGCACGGCACCGAAAGUUACCACGUACUCUUUAAAAGAUUGUGCAGCUACGCCGGGCUGCACUGCGUAGUGAUCAAGGGGUACAGUAAGUCGGCCGGCUACCAGCCGGGCGUGCGGUUCGAGGACAACCGGUUCCGCAACUCGUGGAACGCGGUGUACGUGGCGGGUGCGUGGCGCUUCGUGCAGUGCAACUGGGGCGCGCGCCACCUUGUCAACGCGAAGGACGCGCCGCGCCCCGGCAGCCGCGGCAAGCAGGACAGCCUCAGAUACGAGUACGAUGACCACUACUUCCUGACGGACCCGCGCGAGUUCAUCUACGAGUUCUUCCCGCUGCAGGCGGAUUGGCAGUUGCUGAAGACGCCCAUCACGCUUCACGACUUCGAGGAGCUACCUUUCGUGCGCUCCUUAUUCUUCCGCUACGGACUCUACUUCAGUGACCCCAACACCAAAGCAGUCAUGUACACCGACUCUACGGGUGCGGCGACUAUGCGCAUAGCCAUGCCGGCACACAUGCAGAGCUCGCUGAUCUUCCACUACAACCUCAAGUUCUAUGAUACAGAGGGCGACGGCUUUGAUGGCGUCAGCCUUAAGAGAUUCGUCAUGCAGUCGGUGGUGGGCAGCACGGUGUCGUUCCGCGUGCACGCGCCGUGCAGCGGCGCCUUCCUGCUCGACAUCUUCGCCAACGCGGUCACGCCGCGCGAGUACCUCACCGGCGAGCCCAUGAAGUUCAAGAGCGUCUGCAAGUUCAAGAUUUGCUGCGCGGAGCUACAAACCGUAAUGGUGCCGCUACCGGACUGCGCGAGCGGUGAGUGGGGACCCACAAAGGCAACCAGGCUCUUCGGUUUGGUACCAAUCACUCACCAGGAGGCGCUCGUGUUCGCCGGGCGCGAGCUGGAGCUGCAGUUCCGGAUGUCGCGGCCGCUCGCCGACUUCAUGGCCACACUGCACAAGAACGGCGUCGACGAGAAGCGGCUCGGCAAGUUCGUGCAACAGGCCGUCGCGGACGACGUCGUCACCUUCUACAUCACUUUCCCCGAAGAAGGUCAAUACGGCCUGGAUAUCUACACUCGCGAGCGCGGCGGAUCUUCGAGCGUGCUGCAGAACGGCUCCACCGAGAAGGAGAAACAUCUCCUCACGCAUUGCUGCAAAUAUCUCAUCAACAGCAGCAAACGAAAUUGA